CUGUACGCACCAUUUUCACCCGGACUCUUUUUGUUGUCGGACGGUGCGGAUAAUGGCAGCAGCGAUAGCCGACUGUGAAGUUAACGACGAAAGCAAUGAUCCUGGAGCAGCACCAUUCGGAAAUUUUAUUAAUUACUAUUCGUUCAAUCCCCCAGAGAACCGACUGAGUCUCAUACCGAGAACGCUUCUUCAAGAUAUCGGAUACAGCACUGAGAGAAGCGAAACUAUACUUGUGCUUGACGUGGGGUGUAAUUCUGGGGAUUUAAGCGUGGCUCUAUAUGCGCACCUGACAGGGCACUGCGCUAGUGGGGACGCAGCUGAAACCGGGGAGCUUCGCCUCCUAGGUGUCGACCUGGACGAAGAUCUUAUUCUCCGGGCAGAACAUUCCAACCCUUUCCGGGAAAACGUCUCUUUUAUUCCUCUGGAUGUCACACAUGAUCGGGACAGUCGGACACAGCUGGAGGGUUACCUGGCGAGGUUUGGGCGCUCGCGCUUUCACCUGUGCGCGUGCCUGGCCGUCACCAUGUGGGUGCAUCUGAACCACGGCGACGCCGCGCUGCUGGAGCUCCUUGGCCGCCUGGCCUCCCUCAGUGACCACCUUCUCCUGGAGGCGCAGCCCUGGAAGUGCUAUCGCUCUGCGGCCCGCCGUCUGCGCAAACUGGGCCGCCGCGACUUCGAUCACUUCAAGACACUUGAGAUCCGAGGGGACAUAGCGGAACGUGCCAGAGAGCAUCUGGAGAGGCAGUGCGGUAUGGAACUGUUGCGCAGCUUCGGAAGCACGUCCUGGGACCGCAAACUGCUACUCUUUGGCAGACGAGAAAUGAGGCGGGAAGAAAUAUAAGUUUAUGAGUCUUAUUGUGAUGUGACUCGCCAUUACUACGACCCUAUGCAGCCAAAGUGGAUGAUGUUAUCAUUUAUUUUCCUUCUGGCAAUAUUCAAGGAGAUAUGGGUUUGAAAAACGAACUAUACAAUAAACUACAGUUUUACAUA